CUUUAACAAAACAUGGCGGCUUAAGCGUCUGUGUUUUCCUGGUGUUAUCAUAUAUCAUCACUGUCGGUUUCUUACAAUACUUUCGUUGAUACAAAUGUCAUUACACUACCACCCGCAACGAUGUUAUCGCCUACCGCUUUGAAUAUGUUUUCGCCGUCUCCAGCUAGUUCGGAAGAAAUCGGCUCCUCGGCCCUGUUUCCAUCGCUUGAUACAGGCCUUUCAACUUCUGGCAUGACUUCAGAAGAGAUUGACGAGCAACCCGAAGGGGAAGAAAAUGAAUAUGCUGAUGCUGCAGAAUCCACCAAGGCAGAAUUAAUGGAAAAAACCCUGUUGAGAGCAUCUGAACAAAUUUUGCUUCAAAGUGGAGGAAAAUUACAUGUCAAAGAUAUUGCUGAUAGAAUUGUAGAAAGUGGGCUCAUCCCACCCAGAUCAAAGGCUUUGAACAGUCUAGAAUCAAUCUUAUAUCGUGAGACUUUUCGUGAAAGCUCCAGAUUUAAAAGAAUUGAUAAUCGCUUUGGAUGGUUUGCCUUGAUGGAAGUUGAGGUUGAAGAUGAUGAUGAUGAUGAAGAUGAUGAUGAUUCUAUGGAUAAUGAGACAACAGAGGGUGAUGAUCAGUCUGUUAAAACUACCACUUCAAAACAACCCAUUGACUACAACAGAAAAUACCUUCGGAUAAAACGUUUGGUCAAACAGCUGGUCUUCGAAAAUGGAGCAUUAUGUGAUGAAGUUCAAAGAACUGAGGUAAAGUUUCAAAGAGCAAAAGCAGAGAGAAGGUUCAUUCUCAAGAGGUUGUUUCAGUAUCAAGCCGCUGCUGAGGCAGGGAUGUUCCAAGCUGCACCGUACCCUCCCUUCUCUCCGGACAUGUUACCGCCGAUGAUGUACCCUCCUUUUGUCGCGGAAAAGGCCAAGCCACCAAAAGUGAAGGCCAAGAAGACCGCAGUGAAACCAAAGGCAGAGAAAGAACCCAAGUCUUCUGGAGGAAAGGCAACAAAAGCUGAGAAGGCUGCUACAGAGGGUGCAGGUAAGGACGGAUUGAAAGAGAAGGAGAAGCCGGCGAGACAAGAAAAGAAAAAGCCUGCUAAACCAAAGAAGCCUAAAGCACAACCUGAGAACUCCGCACCUAGCGCCGCAAAUGCUAUUACUUCUGCUGCAGUAUCAUCAAAAGCCGCAACGACAGCCAAUCAAGGUACUCCUCCUGUGAAGCCUAAGAGAAAGAAGCCAGGCACUGCCAUCAAGAGGAAGGUGCAGCCCAUUGCAGUGGAUGCAAAAGGCAAACCCAUUUUUCCCAUUGUACUGGGGGGUCUCACAGUUCACAGUCUUGGCGAGAUUGUUUUUGACCGGCCUGGUUUCCACUCUGAACGUUAUAUUUGGCCCGUGGGCUAUUGCAGUUCCAGGACGUAUCCGAGUAUGCGUAAUCCAGAGAAGAAGUGUAUUUACACCUGCAAGAUUCUGGAUGGGGGAUUCGGACCGCAGUUUGAGAUGUGUCCUGAAGAUGACCCAGACCACCCAAUCGUAGCCUCUUCAGCCACAGCUUGCCACUGCGUGGUGCUGAAGGCGGUCAAUAAGGCCAGGGGUAGGGACGCUUCUAAUACAGGCUCGGGUCCAGAGUUUUUCGGUUUCUCUCACCCAACCAUUCAGUAUUUGAUUCAAAGCUUGCCCGGGGCGCGAAAAUGUACGAAGUACCAGUGGGUGAAGUUUGAAUUACCAAAACCGCAAAGUAAACAAGCGGGAAAGGCUUCUUCUUCAUCUACUCCGGAUCCAUCAGGUGUCCUUCAGGGAAUCCCCUCCGGUGUUGAGGACGAUUCCAUCGCCAGCUUGCACGAAGACGAUCCUAUGCCAGCAGGAAUGACCACGUUUCAUCCCUCUUCUGCGAUGGAACAGCCCAUAGACCGGGCAAUGAAUCAAACGAUGAGUCAGCCAAUUGACCACGACGAAGAAAUGUUUAAAGAUCCAGACAUGGGACCGCUGACUCUGGCGUCCACCAUCACUCCUCUCUCGUCCCCAGGACUCUGUAGUCCUAGUCCAAGCACACAGCUUGAUGGCUUAGAGCAUGACACCGAAAUGGAUCCAGGGAUGAAUCCGCUGAUGUCUUCGCCCACUCGAUCCGCCUUUCCGACCUCUCUGUCGGGCAUGCCACUCUCACCGACUGCCGCCGGCCAAGCAUCGUUUGUCCUACCUCCCACUUCGCCUCUGUUUGGGAACAGUUUUCCAGGAACCGGGAUUCCGGACUCGCCUCCAAAGUAGCAUCCUAUAUGGUAUAUGUAAAGAAAAACUUUGUCAAUCUACUGUGACUCCGUAAGGUUUGCGAUAGCUUUCAAUAUUGGUGUGUAGCCUUUAUUACACGACCGGUGUUUUUCACCCAUUCGGCAAACUGGCCGAAACAGCUUAUUUGGCAUUACGAAGGCAAAGAACUCGAUGGACAAAACUUGAAAUGAGAAAAUCAAAAAAUUUUUAAAAUCGAAGAGACUAGGCCCGAUUACUAAACGCUUUUUGGGAAAUGAGCCCGCGGUCUUCCACCGAACUGAGUUCCUUCUCGGCAGAAUCGGAGGUUGAAUCCGUCAAAAUAGAGGAAAUUGAGUCUACGAAGAGGACAGGGAAGUAACUUUGGAGAGGUACAUGAAUGUAGUAAGAUAGGACAAAACGUCUAUAUAUCUGUUUACCUUCUUGUGUGAAGGAAAGAGCUUGUAAAUGAUUGUAAUAAAGUAGAGUAGAAUGUAGAA